AUGAGUAUUGCUGCAUAUGCGUAUGAAGCUGACAGAGCUAAACGUUUAUAUUUUGGUCAAUACUCUCUCACACUUACUGACAAAUAUAUUGUUAUUUCUGAUGGAAAUACCGAGAAAUACAUAACAUGGAAGGACUAUGAAAAGUUUGACCCUAUUUUAACUCCAUGCACUAUGCCAUUCAUUGUAAAUGGUGAAGUUGUCAUGAAGAACGACACAACUGUUUAUAGGUCUGUAUAUGAAGCGUUAGAAUAUAUGUUGAAUUAUAAUCCCGAAAGAUUUGACCCAAGCACUACGUCAUGUACAAUGCCUUUUAUUAAGGAUGGUGAAAUCGUAAGAGUUCCGAAUUCAACGGUUUACACAGCUGUUCAAAACAGUUUACAAAACAUUUUAGCGAAUAUCUUUAAUUCAGAAACUACAGAAAUAAAAUUACCAUAUAUAACAGAUGCUAAAGAAAUUAAAUCAAAAACGACAACAUUAUUUACGUCACUUAAUGAUUUAAUGACUUAUAUCAUUAAUAUUCCUGCACCAACUACAGCAUUUGAUCCAAACUCGACGGUUUGCAGUGUACCUUUCAUAAAGUCGCAAACGGACUCUUUGAGUCCUGAAGGUCUUUCAGACCGAAGCGACCAGGGCGAAGCCCAUGACAGUUCAUUAAUUGUUUUAAGGGAUUCAACAGUUAAUGAAUCAUUAAAGGCGUCAUUAAUGAAAAUCAUUGAUUUUAAUUCAUUCACGAAUACAUAUAAUUCAUUCAUUAAUGUUUCAUAUGCUUCUAAAGAAGGUGAGCCAAAAACUAUCGAUAAAGCGGUGUAUGAAAUAAAAGCAUCAACGACGAAAUUGAAUUCGUUAACUUUUGACGGUGAUAGUUUCGUUAAUGACAUAACAUCGGGGAAAACAAUUUUAACGAAAGAAUAUUUAAAAUCUCAUGUUAGUGAGUUCGUUGAAAUUGAAAAAGAA